GGAGGCGGAGUCUGGACGCGAGGGUUUAAAAUAGAAAAGCGCAGGCAGGUGGAGGAUAGAGCCGAGCUGCAGCUGCGAGUGAACGUAUACAGUGAAGGCUGCUCGUCAUGGGUAACUGGGUUAUCAACAAUGGACUCUCCUCCUUCAUACUGGUGGUCUGGAUGGCCAUCAACAUCUUUCUCUUCGUCUGGUUUUACCUCUUCUACGAUCUGGGGGAUCAGUUCUUCUACACGCGGCAUCUCCUUGGGUCUGCCUUGGCCUGGGCCAGAGCUCCUGCGGCCGUGCUCAACUUCAACUGCCUGCUGAUCCUCCUCCCGGUCUGCAGGAACCUGCUGUCUCUGAUCCGAGGCUCCCUCAUGUGCUGUGGCAGAACAAUGAGGAAGCAACUGGACAAAAAUCUGAGUUUUCAUAAGCUCGUGGCGUACACAAUAGCACUGAUGACAGCCGUUCAUGUGAUCGCCCACUUGCUGAAUGUGGAGUGGUACAACAACAGCAGACAAGGAGUUUAUGACGAACUCAGCACCGCUCUGUCCAACCUGGAGGACACGGAGACCACCACCUACCUCAACCCCAUCCGCAUCACAGACAUCGAUCCGCAGCAGAUCCCAUCCUACUUGGUCUUCACCACCAUCGCUGGCCUCACCGGCGUCAUCAUCACUCUGGCCCUCAUCCUCAUCAUCACCUCCUCCAUGGAGGUCAUCAGACGCAGCUACUUUGAAGUCUUCUGGUACACGCACCAUCUGUUCAUCGUCUUCUUCGCCGGUCUUGUCUUCCACGGAGCCGGGCGCAUUGUGAGGAGUCAGCAGACGACAGAUCCACCGCACAACUUCACCUUCUGUAAAGACCGCAUUGAAGACUGGGGACGGAUUCCCGAGUGUCCCGUCCCUCAGUUCGCAGGAGGGUUCCCACAGACCUGGAUGUGGGUGAUUGGUCCGAUGGUCCUGUAUCUUUGUGAACGCCUGCUGCGCUUCAUUCGCUACAUGCAGAGGGUCACUUACAGGAAGAUCGUGAUGCGACCAUCUAAAGUGCUGGAGCUGCAGCUGGUGAAGAGCGGUUUCAAGAUGGAGGUGGGUCAGUACGUCUUCCUCAACUGCCCGGCCAUUUCUCAGCUGGAGUGGCACCCGUUCACGAUGACCUCUGCCCCCGAGGAGGACUUCUUCAGCGUCCACAUCCGCUCGGCCGGAGACUGGACCGAGAAACUCAUCAACAUUGUGCAGCAGCUGCCAGAGGGAGCACAGGGGCCAAAAAUGGGCGUGGACGGCCCCUUCGGCACAGCCAGCGAGGACGUCUUCGCCUACGAGGUCAGCAUGCUGGUCGGUGCCGGCAUCGGAGUCACUCCAUUCGCCUCCAUCCUCAAGUCCAUCUGGUACAAGUUCAAAGACUCUAACCCGAAACUGCGAACCAGAAAGAUCUACUUCUAUUGGCUCUGCCGGGAAACACACGCCUUUGAGUGGUUUGCCGACCUGCUGCAGGUGCUGGAGAGGGAGAUGGAGGAGAGAGGCAUGGGGAAUUUCCUCACUUACAAGCUCUACCUGACUGGAUGGGAUCAAAGCACCGCUGAUCACGUGAAGGUUCGCUUUGACGAGGACACAGAUGCGGUCACUGGGCUCAAACAGAAAACUAACUAUGGCAGACCCAUCUGGGACAAGGAGUUCGAAGAAGUCCGCAAAGAGAAUCCUACGUCCGUGGUGGGAACUUUCUUAUGUGGACCUUUAGCUCUGGCUAAAGUCCUGGAGAAGAAAUGUGCCAAAUACUCUGAUGUGGAUCCUCGGAGGACCAAAUUCUACUUCAACAAGGAGAAUUUCUGAGUGGAGAGAAAACGUUUUCGGUCUACUGUGGAUUCAUUCAAGACCAGGAGUGGUGACAUAACAGAGUGAAACCCGCGGAUACGGGUUGGGUGUGUUAUGGCACGCUGGUCAAGAGGUGCAGCAUGUUGUUAAUUCAUGCAGCACUAGGCAAAACGACUUUGCCUCUUUUCACAGCCGAGCCAUGAUGAAACUGUAUUAUGACUUCAAAGUUGACAUGUAAUUAUAGUUUAUGUUGUAAACUCACUGUAUCAUUUACUUUAACCAUCUAGUGGAGCCUGGUCUCUGGUUAAGGAAACAACGGUUCAUUAUCUUGGUACACAGAUUUUUCCGUAACAGAAUACCAUGCGGAACCAGACGGAGGACUGUGUUGAAAUAGUGGAAGAUGUGGAGUUAUGGUUACUGACAUGAUUAUCUUUAUUGCCUUUCUUGUACACAUUGUAAACUCUUUUUGAAUAAAGUAAUGCAAGCA